AUGUUGGAGUGCGUUGAAAUUGUCUUUAAAUUGAAUAAGAGAAAUCCUCCGAGUGCGAAGCGAUGUGAACAAUCAUAUCCUUCCUUCGUUCUUUACUCGUUGACAAACGAGCUUGGCAUAAAGUACCAACACUAUGGCAUACCAACUAGUUAUGGCUUUAGAGCAAACUACACAACCAUACUUCCAGGUUAGCACAAUUAUUUGUUACGUCGCGCAACACUGCUUUCGAGUGUUGCGCUCUUGCUCGCGUAUUUGGUCGCGAGUCAGGGAAACUGGGUCGAGGAAACCCAAUUGCGACGGACUGGUACAAUUUCAGAUCGAAAUGGAUAGCAAAAAAGAGAUAAAAAAUUCACUCGCAGUUUGCCUCUUUUCGUAUCGCCAUUAUUUUAAUUUCUCCCAGGAAUAUUCUUGACUAAGCUUGAGGGAUAGAAAAGGGCAGCUUCGGUUUGAUGCAAAAGUUGACUUGACGAGUAGAAAGGUCUCCUGACCGACUCCUCCCUCGAUUUCCUUUUAGCCCUUAACUUCAAGAAAAAGACCGAGUUUCCUGGAUCAACCUGCUCUACCAAUGGAAACGGGUGUGAGAUAAAUGAGUCUCCACAUUUUGUUUGAUUGUUUGAUAGUUUUCAGUAUUUUUUACACGUUGAUAUGCUAUUGUUUACUUUUUUGGGGUGAGGGGGGUGGGGUGAGAGGAGGCAGAGAAAACGUUACUCAUCUACUUCUAUCUAACCCUCCUAGAUUCAACUGGCUUUUGUAUACCGGGCAAAAACAGUACAAUCUACAUGAAGGGCGAAGGAAUGGCCAUUGCAAGUCCGGAAUCAUACGGGGACCGUAAAAAUGAUAGCUGGUGCAACUGGAAUAUAUCUGUACCCCUUGGGAACUUCAUAAAGCUGACAUUUUUGUCAUUUACUGGAGUCUGUCUCAUCGAAAACAAGGUCAAGGUUUAUGACAUGACAAAUUCCACAAAAAUUCUUCUUGGGGAAUUCUGCGGGUUCAAAAAGAGAAACAGCGAGGUUUUCUCCAGAGGGAACAAUUUGGUGAUCACCCUUCCAAUUUUAUCACAAGAACCAUAUGUCAGAUUUUUGGCCACAUACCAAUCAGUCCAAGCCGUACCUGCAUCAUACGCUUGCAAUUAUGUUAAGUACAUGAAGGGUGAUGUAACAGAAUUAAACGGUACUAAUGGUGAAUUCGCUAGUUACCAAUAUCCGCUGCCCUACUCCAACGACGUCCGCUGUUCCUGGAAGAUAGAAGUCCCGGUUGGUUUUAUUGUAAAUGUGACUUUCCAUGUAUUUGAUUUACAAGAAUCUCCCAACUGUAAGUCAGACUUUGUUGAGAUCAAACAGGGAUUGUUUCAUUCGGUGGGACGAUUUUGUGGUUUUAUGGCAUCCGAGGUAAUUCAGGUGAAGAACCGCGUGGUUUACGUGGAUUUUGUUACAGACAGCUCUGAAAGAUACCCAGGAUUUCAUGCAAGCUACACAGCAGUCCCCGAUCGUAAGUGGUUCAUAUUAAAUUUAAAAAAAAAAUUAUGAGCAAAAUCGAUUGAAUGUUGAAAGCAAUCCAGUAUUUUAUUAGUUUUACGCUAACUCAUUCUUGAUUGGUCCAGUAAAAUUGCUCUAUCCUAUGAACCAAUCAGAUUAAAACAAAAACAACUCACUUCUUGGUCACGCGCGUUUUCCCGCGCUUCCUGAAGUUUUUUGGUUUUUAUUUUGACUUCUCAUUGGCUCCUUGUGAUAUGCCUCUUUAUCUGCCCGGCCUUUGUGGUUGCAGAUUUAUGAUACUCAACUACAAAGAGCUCUAAGUUUAGUUUGUCCAUGAUUUCCAUUCAACUAUUUUCACUUACCUCAUAUACAGACUGUUCAAUGUGUAAGAGGGAGAUUCCUUUUUUUUCUAUCCCAGCGGCCAUGGGACCCUGUAAAACUCAAGGAAUAGACAACGUUAUUCCCCUGACUGGAAAAGCUGGAAGACUAUUUUCGCCCCUAUAUCCAGAGAAAUUUCCACAAGAUAUGGAGUGUACUUGGAUUAUAACAGUUCCGGAAGGACAAUUCGUGAGGUUGAGUAUAACAUCCUUUGAUUUAGGAAAUGAGUGUAAAAACACUCUCGAGAUUCGUGAUGGCCAGAACUCAUUGAGUCCAUUGCUGGGGAAUUUCUGCUCUGUAUCCUUUGAUCGAUCAGUGUUUUCCAAUGGUCGCUAUCUUUGGGUUCGAUUUCAGUCGGAAAAACGGGCAGAUAAACCUCCAUAUGCCACUGGAUUCAAAGCCUUCUACGAAACAGUCAGCCAGUGUAGGUAUUCUUUUUUUUAAUCAUGUUUUUAGAUUUACCCACAGUUUUCGAUUUUAAAUGGAUCUCAUGAACAAAUGUCAAAUUCAGAAUGAGCCAUGAACACGUAUACAAUGUUCGGAAUUUUUAUCACGUCGUGAAAAAAAACAUACAGGAAAUCAGGGUAUGCGGGAAACCCAGGCGGCCGGAUCUAUCACGCGUGUGUGUGUUGGGGGGGAGGAGAAGGGGAGAGGGGAAUGAAGGUGUUCUGAGCUUAUUCCCAUAUCUGAUUUGAACCAAAUUUUUUUUCCGGAGGGGGGGAGGAUAGCAUUCUGAGAAUGCAUAUAAAGUUCUCCGAGACCCUUCUGGCGGUCACGUGGGUUAAACACUCUAUGUAGAGCGCGUAAAGGAGAGUGCAAGGACUGGAUUAGUGUUGGAUUCUUAAUCAAUUAACUGGAAUAAUUGAUGAUAAUUAAAUGUAUUCCAGUGCCAGCAUCGUUCUCCUGCACCGCGCAAAACUCAAAUCACGGCAUUGAGUUGAAGUCAGAAACUGGACUCCUGGCCAGCUACAAUUACCCUUUGCCUGUUGACGAUAGUGUUGUAUGCACCUGGUAUAUCCUCGUAAACACUGAUUUAAGGAUCAGACUAUCAUUUGACUUCUUCAAUCUGAGUCAAGCGAAUGACUGUUCGGAAGACUACGUAAAGGUAUUGGAUGGGAAUUCCACACACAGUAACCAAUUAGGAAGGUACUGUGGAGAAGAAAAACCCCCCACGAUAACCUCGACUACUUCAAACUUAUACGUGAUUUUUCGGUCCAGUAGAAAUGCAAAAUAUCCUGGAUUCAAGGCCAGCUACAAAACAGAGGACUCGAGUAAGUAAAUUUGUGCGAGGAUUGCUCAGCGGUAAUCUCUUACCCAGAUCUUACCGUGUAACUGAAAUGUACAGCCACUUGGCCGUGGAAGGUCUGGGUACGAGACUAGCUAAGGGGUGCCUAAACUAAUAGUGCCGGUUAUUUACACGAGGUCUGGCCCAAACCGCGAUUUUACGAAAGCAAUGGGCCUCGGGGAUUCUUCAUAAGAGGAUUGGUUUGAAUAUCCUUCCACUAUAAGCUUUUGGCCCUCUUGACACUGUUGACAAAUAUAAAUGUUCCGGCUCAUAGUGUUUAGGACGUCUUUUAAGUGGUAUUUAUGAGGAUUUAGUGAAGUUCGAGCCAAGUCAAGAUUUGCUAAUAAAUGUUCCUGCAUAUCAACUUCCUCGUACCUUGGGUCGCUCUUCUUUGCACUUUCUUGAUCGAGAGAAGGUUUGAAAAAAAAUAUAACAAACCUGAUUGUUGUGGGCGUGUCGGAACGUGUGACUGAUUAAGUUAGUCGUGGUGCUGUGAAACGAAUACGUUUUGCUCAAGAGUAUUCAUGCGUUUUAUUGGAUAACAAGAUAUUUGUUGAGGUUCUUGUCGAAUUACGAGGACAUUUAGUUUAGAGUAAUUCGUGCAGCAUAAGAACUAGCAAAAUUUGAAAAUUAUUUUAUUUAUGUUGCAGAGACUAUAGGGAGAUGCGAAAUUCAAGGAAAAGAUAACAAUAUUCCCUUGACUGGCACAAAAGGAAGACUAUUUACGUCGCUAUAUCCACAGACAGUUCCAACAGACAUGAAGUGUACUUGGAUUAUAACGGUACCAGAAGGACACUUUGUUUGGUUAAGAAUAGUGUAUUUUUUCCUGAAAAGUGAUUGUGCUAAGACUACCCUAGAAAUUCGUGACGGUCAGAGUUCUUCCAGUGAAUUACUUAAGACCUUCUGUGGAAGUUCGUUUGAGUCCUCGGUGUUUUCCAGUGGUCGCUACCUCUGGGUUCGUUUUCAAUCCGCAAAAGAUGACUCCCUGAAAGGAACUGGAUUUGAUGCUUCCUUUGAGAUGAUCAGCCAAAGUAAGUGUUCUUUUGUUAGGUGUGCUUACAUUUAGGGCAGCUUUCGAUUAAUUUUUGAAAGUAAACCAAGAUUGCUUGGGUUUUGCUUUACUUCGCUAUGAGAGUCCCAAAAACUUGCGCCUCGUUCUCCACCGAUCAGAUUCAAAAGUGAAACCAAUCAUGACUCGCGUUUUCCCACGCUUAAGCAGUUUCUUUGUUUUUAUUUUGCGUUAUCAUUGGUUCCUUGAAGUAUUCUUCUAAACCAAUCAGAUUCAAUGGUAAAAACCAAAGCGAUUUUUCAGCGUCUCGAGCAAUUUACUUGUUUUGAAUUUGUGUUCUCAUUAGUUCCAUAUAAUAAUAAUAUAAUAUUGUCUAAUCCUCUGAAAGGCGGUUGUUAUUGCUUUGAAUAUUUUUCAAUCUCUUUUAUUUUAGCACCAGCUCCCUUUUCCUGCACCGCGCACGACCAAAAGUUCUUGUUAACGUCCAAGACUGGAACAUUGGCCAGUUAUAACUACCCUCUACCAUGUGACGACUCUGUCGAGUGCAUCUGGCACGUGAACGUCAAUUCAAAUUCCAAAAUUAAGCUGACCUUCCAAUUAUUCAAUCUGUCCCAAGCGAAGAAUUGUACUGAGGACUAUGUAGAGGUGCGAGAUGGACCAUUCAACACAAGCGACCUCAUAGGGAGGUAUUGCGGACCAGCAAAACCCUCGGCGGUAACUGCGGGUGGCUGGCACUUGCAUGUGGCUUUUAAAUCGAGUGGAAAGACGAAAUAUCCUGGAUUCAAGGCCAGCUACGAAACGACAAAAAUAAGUAAGUAGGAAGUUUGAUUGGGAGAUGGGAACAACAUGCAAGCGUUGACGUGUUCGUGAGUGCGUACUUUCGUGGGAACGUGCAUGUUCCGUUAAUCGUCGAUAGGUGCACAUAAGUUAUUAGAUUGCAUGUGGGGUGAUGCGAACACAAUGCACCCGCGCGCCAAUUUCCCGCGCAAAACGUUAAUUAAAGGAAACAUUAGAAACAACUGGUGUCUCGCAUGACGAACAAAAGAAAAUUGAAACGUUCCCAAAAAUCUGCCGUUAAAAGAACUCAAAAGUAAGGAAAGAGAAAAAUCAAGACUUUUCGAACACAGAGCUUAUUCAAGUACGGGUAUCCUGUCGGUAUAUCAUUCUGUUUUGAGAUUUACUAAUAGAUUUAUAGGUCUUUAAUGCAUCGUGACUCACUAACUUGUGUGCAACUGUCUCAUCUACAAUUUCCUUUUUAUUACUUUUCGUUUCGUUUCAGAAUCGUCGCUGAGUAGUGCAAAGAUCGUUGCGAUUUGUCUUGGGGUAUUUGUUUUCCUGUGUAUCGCAAUUGGAUGUUCUCUAACUUUUUACAAGAAAAGACGAAACAAAGCUUGGCCCUCCCUCGUCGUGGAAUAUUCUGACAACUCCGGCUGUGUCAUGGAGAACCUAAGGAAAUAAAACCCACUGGCCUUGGACAUUAUAAUUUAUCUUCUUUUAGCAGUUAUUCCUAGUGGAGUCAUCGGAAAUAACACAAGUUCUGAGAAAAAUUCUCGUGCACUACUCCCGUUUCAAAUAGCUACAGAUACUUAACCAGUUGUAAAUAUGUAAAAUACCAAACUGAACGAUUUUACUUACGUACUGUUAAUUUCCUUGUCUUGUUCAAUGUUUAUUGGCGUAGCACCACAACUAAUGUUACUGUGGUAACAAACCUGACAAAUCCGAUUCCAGGAAACGUUUAAAAGUAAUCCCAGAGACAGCCUUGUUUAUCCUGGUGUCUUUUUCAAGUCCUCAGCAAUGAAUGGCUUCAUUGAAUUUACCCUGUUACCC